AUGAACGCAUCGUGUGUGUGUUCGCAGGUGUCCUGGAUCCGCCACCGGGACAUCCACAUCCUGACGGUGGGCGGGUAUACGUACACGAGCGACCAGCGCUUCCAGGCCAACCACCACCGCGACAACGAGGACUGGACGCUGCAGAUCAAGUGGGCGCAGAAGCGCGACGCGGGCGUCUACGAGUGCCAGAUCUCCACGCAGCCCGUGCGCAGCUACUUCGUCAACCUCAACAUCGUCGAAUUGUCACCCCGACCAGGACACGAAGCCAGGUCUCUUGGCUUGCGCCCAGUUGUUCUGAACAGAGCUGCUAGAGUAAGGGAGUGUAAUCGAGGACAGGUCUCAAGGUUCAUCAGCGCUGGGGAUGCUCCUUAUGUUGGUGAGCGCCGCUGA